AUGACCGGUCCCGUACGGGUACUUCUCCAAUCUGAUACCCCAUUUGCCACUAACGUCAAGCCAGAUACUAAAGAAAAACCGUAUGUCUGCGCACAAUGCCCGAAAGCCUUUACACGGAAAGACUUGCUCGCCCGUCAUGAGCGACUCGCCCAUCAGGGGGCGAGCCCCGCAAGCCAUCAGACAGUUUCACCAUCUCCAGCUCGUUCAAGUCUAGAUGGCCUGGACGCUUUGGCAUCUGUCGUGGCUAAUCAUGGACACUCGCGCCUUCCGAUGCCGGGGCAAAGUGACCAAUUUACGGAUGGCAUGCCUGUACACCGAGGCUCGCUGGUCGGCCCUCAGCUAUCUAACUCGGACCAUCCCCCAACAAAGCAAACUGGCGCUAUGCCUCUGCAGGGAUCCGAAUUUGGAUAUCCAAUGGGUGCAUUUCCGGCAGGGGCUUACGACGACAAUGAUUUUACCUCUUUCCUAGACAGUGUCCCCUUGCCAAGUCAUCCCUUCUCACCGGCUUUUCAGCCACUUCCCUUGUUCCCACCAUUACAGUAUUCUCCUGUGACUACGGAAUUUGAACAAACCUCCGACAGGGGCCCGCCAACAGAGCCAGCCUCCACGCCAUCAAGCUCGGUACUACCGCGACAUGGUGCGCAACUACCAUCUCUUCAGCCUGAGGGGUAUCAAUCCCCGGCCAACAAGGCAAGGCAGCCUACAGGGUUCUUGCCUGUGACAGCCCAAUGUCGAGAAAAAAUUCUCCACCUUUUAACAGACUAUUCGAAUGUAGUUCCAGAUCCGUCUUUGCCCUCUCGUCAUGCUUUAUCCCGGUGCUUAACCGGUUAUCUAAUGGGAUAUCACGAUCACUAUCCAAUUGUGCAUAAACCUACUCUGCAGGUUGAAUCUAUGUCUCUUCCACUCUUUCUCUCUAUGGCUGCUUUGGGUGCACGGUACUGCCGUGAGCCAGAUACCAGUUUGCGACUGUACCAAAUCGCCAAACCAGUCACACUGGAACAUGUACGACGCACGUUCCAGUCCGGUACGCUGCCUGAACCAGAUGCGAACAGUCUUGACAUGCUUGAAACGGUUCAGUCUUUGCUCUUCUUAAUAUCUGUCUCAUCAUGGUUCUUAAAUGAUCCACCAUACUACGAAGCUUUGUCCAUUCGAAGCACCAUGGGUGCCCUUGUGCGGAAAGGAGGUCUCAACCGACUGCCCGAGCAGGACGGAAGCUGGACAAGCUGGAUUUUCCGCGAGCAAGUCAAGCGAACAAAGUUGAUUGUAUUCUGCUUUUUUAAUAUCCACACCAUUGUCUUUGAUAUUCCCCCGGUCAUUCUCACGGAAGAAGUUACUCUUGAUCUGCCGUGCACCGAGAGAGAAUGGCAGGCAUCUAGUCCCGAGAUGUGGCAAUUGGCUCGCAGCCAAAGUCCUGGAGAACCCAAGUUUCAAGAUGCACUAUCGGCGCUAUUCAAUCCUCAUAGCGACAUGGAACAAUUCUCGUCCCUAGGCGGAUAUGUGCUCAUCCACGCCUUGCUGCAGGAUAUAUGGCUGCUGACUAAAACGAGCCGUCUUUGCGUUUCACGUUUCAAUAACCGCCUCAACUCUUGCAUCGCACCAACCUCUGAUCUCAUUAUAUUCGACCAAGCUUUGGAAAGAUGGUGUCAAUUCUGGGAACGUAAUCAGGAAUCAUCAAUCGACCCACUCAGUCCCCAUGGCCCAUUGUCAUUCACGUCAGCCGCCUUGCUCCGGUUAGCAUAUAUCCGACUAAGUGCCGACUGUGGAUCUACACGGCAACUUCAAUCCUGGGACUCCGUUCAAAUAGCUAAGAGCCUGAAAGACAAUCUUUCCGUGCAGCGUGGCGAUCGGCUCACUCGGGCUGCACUGCACUGUGCCCAUGCACUUAGCACACCUGUCAAGCUAGGCAUUGGGUACGUGGCGCAUUCACAGGUCGCGCUAUGGUCAAACCAACACGCGCUAUGCUCACUCGAAUGCGCUGUUGUGCUUGCCAAGUGGCUUGAAGCGGUAACGGGGCCGGAUCCAGAUCCUGUGCUGACGGAACAAGAGACUCGCUUAAGAGACUUUGUUCUUGAAAUGGUCAUGGAGGUGCAGCAUGGCGUUUCCCGUGAGUGGCUCCUUGCCACUAACAGUAGACUUAGUGCAGCAGUGACCCGCUUGUGGGCGCGCCUUUUCACGGCAGAUUACAUCUGGGAAAUGGUUAAUCUGAUCGGGAGGUCUUUAAACAGCUAUGCAGAUUUGUUGGAGAAACCCUAA